AUGUCUACACUAGAAAAAUUAUACCCUUUACACCAGGCAUGCAUGGACGGUAACCUGGCAAAGGUGCAAGAGUUGGUUGAAGAACUCGCCACCCCCGAUGACAUCGUCGCUUUGGAUAGCGAUAAUAGAACCCCUCUACAUUGGGCUGUGUCAUUCCAAAGAGAGGAGAUAGUCACGUAUCUAUUGUCCUUUAUGAAGGAGAUAGAUUUAGACAAGCUUAAAGAUGAUUCAGAAUGGACCCCGGUCCAUAUAGCUGCCUCUGUCGGGAAUCUAUUCAUAUUGACCCAACUCUACGACAGAGAGAUCAAACCAGAUUUAAAUUUACAAACAAAACAAGGCACUACAGCUUUGCAUUUGAGUGUAGCCAAGAAACAUCUUUCCGUUUGUAAAUUUUUGAUUGACAAUGGUGCUAGUGUGAGAUUAAAGGAUCAGAAGGGCCAAUUACCCUUACACAGGGCUGCAUCAAUCGGAUCUAUGACUUUGGUGGAAUUACUUUGUACACAAGGGAAGAGUCCCGUAAAUGUCAGAGACAAGCAAGGUUGGACUCCACUAUUCCAUGCAUUAGCCGAGGGCCAUGGCGAUAUUGCUCUCUUACUUGUGAACAAAUAUGAUGCCGAUGUCCAAUUGGAAGACAACGCAGGAAAGAAACCUGCUGAUGUGGCAUUGAAUGAACAAGUGAAGAAAUUCUUCCUACAAAAUCUAGCAUAA